CCAUGAGGAGGAGGGUACAAGAAAGGUUCGUCUUAUAGCCUUCUUCAGUUACAGCGUACAGCAUUGUAUUUGUACGACGACUCAUUGAUGUUUCAAGAGGUGCCGUCAAGCAAGUCUUAUACAUAUUCCAUGUCAGCAUUUUGUGAUUGACAGUCAAGUCUUCCUAUAAAGCCAGAGUACUCCAAACUAAACCACACAUCCUGCUGAGACACACUCUGUGAAGACAGCAUGGUGUUCCGACUUUGUCUGUGUGUAGCCUUGCUGUUUGCUUGUGGACAUGCCAACAAAUCCGGUGACUAUUGUCGGGUUUUGGUCAACUACGACACAUUUAAGACAUCCGUGGACCAAUUUCUGGCUUCCCGGAAUGAAACCUGUGGGAACUCGGAUGUGGGCAGUGAAAGCAAAGCAACCCGCCUGAAAGCUAUGGACAAGCGUAUUAAAGACCUGGAGAACACAGUCGCCAACCUGACGUCGGAGCUGAGAGUGGAUUGUGGUUCUCCAACUCCUGCAGGAGGCACAGACGUUGUCUACAGCUCAACAGGUCUUCACGCCAUUGCCAACUACAGAUGCAAGAAGGGUUUUCUUAGCAUAUACCCUGGUGAACAGAUGAUGAGCUUGUGUCAGAAAGAUGGGCACUGGACCAUGGUCAACGUGAAGUGCGUCAACAUCUCUGGCUGCUGGACGAUAAAUGCUGGAAAAGCGUUUUACACCGGAACUCUAUCAGCAACAAUAACUGGCAAGGUCUGUCAGCGAUGGGAUUCCCAGUCGCCACAAACCCACAGCGUCAAGGAAGACUUUAAGUUCUCCAUCCCAGGAGCUGACACUCCCCAAACUGUCACAGGAUCUGCUAACUACUGCCGUGACCCAUCUCGUUCGGGGUAUUUGUGGUGUUACACCACUGAUGGUAAUACACGCUGGGAAAAGUGUCAUGUCCCUAUGUGUAACAUCCAGGACUGAUAGGGUUACAGGUACAAAUCUGACCCGUUUGAUUUCUGUCCUUGUUUACUCUCCAAUCUUAUACUAACGGAAGCAGUUGUGUCUAUACUGUCAGGUAUAUCAGCUCUUAUCUUACCUGACACAUAAAUGUCGCUUUCUGAUUGGCUGAGCGCUCUUCUGUUAUUUUCAAUGUACCCCGCUUACAAGCGAGUAACAUUUCAAUGUACCCCGCUGUCAAUGG